AUGCGCGGGAAACCCGUAGCCUUCGCGUUGGCAACAAGUUUGCUCACGGCAGUAGCCUCUAGUGUGGAUCUGACCGUACACGCUGGACAGGAGCAAGCGCACGAGCUGCGUCAGCUGCGUGAAGAUGGCUGUCGCUACGAGCCGCACAAGACGGGGUACGUCAGCCUUCCCAACCGCAUUGACGCCCACUACUUCUACUGGUACUUUGAGUCGCGCAACGACCCGAGCUCGGACCCGUUGCUCGUGUGGAUUCCAGCUGGUCCGGGUGAAGGGAGCGCGUAUGGGCUGCUGGUGGAAAACGGUCCAUGCAGCCUCAACAGCGAUCGGUCUACGACGUAUAACCCUUUCUCAUGGACAACAAGUGCCAACGUAGUGUGGAUCGACGCCCCUGUGAACUCGGGCUUCUCGUACUCGACUGCCGCUGAAGAUGACGAGCUAACCGAAGAACGCGUGGCCGAAAGUGUGUACGGGUUUCUGCAGGAAUUCUUCAAGGAACACGUGGCACUGCAAGGACGAGAAGUGUACCUUGUUGGGGAGAGCUACGGUGCCCGUUUCGCGCUAUCGGCAGCCCACUACAUUUGGAAGCAGCAACACCGACACCGCGUUGCUCCUGCCUCUCGCAAGUCCGUCCCGAUCAACCUCCAAGGCAUUGCUCUUGGGAACGGACUCAUCAACCCGGUUGAAAUUGCCGCGCACUAUGUCGACAUGGCAGCCAAUCGGUACAACAUCGACCUCGUGGAUGCCGCCCAGCUGGAGUCGAUGCAGAUGACAGUCGACCAAUGUCGAGGCCUACUGGAGAAGUGCCAAAAAGACGCAUCUGCGUGUGAGGAAGCGGGCAACUUUUGUAAUCUCUCACAGCUGCUGCCACUUCUGGAAGCACGCCGAAACCCGUACGACAUUCGGCAAGAGUGCGAAAGCUCAGUUUCGGACGCAACUGCUUGCUUGCUUCGGACGCCUGACGUAAAGUGGUACAUGGAUCGACCAGCAGUUCGAGGAUACAUUGGAGCUCACGAUAAUAUCGGUGAAUGGACUUCGCUUAACGACACCAUCAACGGCGCCUAUUUUGGCGAGCCAAGCUACGCAGGCUACCAGUCUAUGGACACAGAGGUCUCCGAACUGUUGGAGGCAGGUCUGCGUGUGUUGAUGUAUGCUGGCGACGCUGACAUCUUUUGCAGCAGCUACGGAAUCGAGGCGACUGCAACGAAACUGCACUGGUCCGGCGCUGCGGGUUUCAACGAUACGAAGUCCCGUCCGUACACUACCGCCUCACCGACGGUGACUGCUGGAACCGUGCGUUCAUUCUCUCACCUGACAUACUUGGAAGUCUACAACGCGGGCCACACGGUUCCAGCGGACCAACCCGAGGUGGCGCUUGACAUGAUUACCAGAUUCAUUCGGAACGAGGCGUUCUGA